GUGAAAACGUACGGUGGGGUUAUACUAAAGGAACAACAAAUCACUAGAAAAGCUAUUAAUAAGCAUGAAGGAGAGAAUUGAUGUAUUGAAAGCAUGCAGACUUGUUAUUUUCGAGUUUGAAAAAAUCAGUACUUGUGAUGUGAAGAACCCGAAGAGACUGUUAUGUAAAACUCUGGAAUGAAGGACGAUGACUGUCAAUACCGAUAUCUCCAUCGCAUCGAGUCCCAACAAGACGUUUUACAAGAAUCCUUUAAUAUGCAGAUCGUGCUUUGGUUUUCUAAUAUUUAUCAUUUCACCAGUUGGCCAACUAGAAAGAAGAGCAAGCGUUUAUGCCUUUUUGAUUUUCUGAAGCUCCUAUAAAUUGCUCUCUUUCACAUUCCUUGGAAGCAUCUAAUAUCACCGUUCUUAUUCUUCAUCUUUCUCUCAUCUUUUUCUCUUUCCUUCUGCUAUGGGUGGAGACGGGUCUGUAAGUAAAGACAACAAAAAAUGGAAGCCAGCCAUGCUCGUCCACAGAAGAGCUGUACAAGAUGGACAACGCAGAAGGUCUGAAUAUGGUGACCACAAAAGAGCUGAAUUCAGACAAUGCAGAAUGUCUGGAUAUGGUAAUCCAUGUGCCUAUUGUCUCAUCGUAUAAUGAUCGAAUUCGACCUCUCCUUGACGCCGUUGAUAAGCUUAGGCACCUCAUGGUCAUGAAAGAAGGCAUACAACUUCCCACCAUUGUUGUUGGUGGUGAUCAAUCCUCGGGCAAGUCGAGUGUCCUUGAAUCAUUGGCGGGUAUCAACCUUCCCCGUGGUCAGGGCAUAUGCACAAGAGUACCUCUUGUAAUGAGGCUGCAACAUCAUUCAGCUCCUAAGCCAAAGCUUUUCUUGGAGUUCAAUGGCAAAACAGUAUCCACAGAUGAAUCUCAUGUAGCAGAUGCCAUAAAUCUUGCUACUGAUGAGGUUUCUGGCAAUGGUAAGGGCAUAUCAAAUUCUCCCUUGACUUUGGUGGUAAAAAUUGGCGUCCCUGAUCUUACAAUGGUUGAUCUUCCUGGAAUUACUAGAGUCCCUGUUCAUGGUCAACCUGAAAAUAUAUAUGAGCAAAUUGCAGAGAUCAUCAUGGAGUAUAUAAAGCCUGAAGAGAGUAUUAUUCUUAAUGUUUUAUCUGCUACUGUUGAUUUUACAACUUGCGAGUCCAUCAGAAUGUCACAGAAAGUGGAUAAGAGUGGUUCCAGGACUCUUGCAGUGGUAACAAAAGCUGACAAGGCACCAGAAGGGCUGCUGGAGAAGGUCACUGCAGAUGAUGUGAACAUAGGCCUUGGUUAUGUCUGUGUGAGGAACCGCAUUGGUGAUGAAUCUUAUGCUGAAGCACGGAAGGAAGAAGCUGCAUUAUUUGGAAGUCAUCAUCUUCUAUCCAAGAUAGAUAAAUCUAUGGUGGGUAUUCCCGUUUUGGCUCAAAAACUGACUCUAAUCCAAGCAACUAUUAUAUCCAGAUGCUUGCCAGAUAUUGUAAGAAAGAUUGAGGAGAAGCUGAAUGCAAAUUUCUCAGAGCUCGACAAUAUGCCGAAGAAAAUGUCUUCAUUUUCUGAGGCUAUGACAGCAUUAAUGGGCAUAAUAGGGGCUGCAAAAGAGUCUCUAAGGAAAAUCCUUAUAAGGGGAGAAUUCGAUGAGUACGAAGAUGAUCAUAACAUGCAUUGCACUGUUAGAAUGGUUGAAAUGCUAGAUCAAUACUCAAAUGAACUUCAUAGUAGUUCUGAAAGUGAUCCUGUAAAAAACUUUCUAGUUGAUGAGAUUAAGGUUUUGAACGAGGCCAAAAGGAUUGAACUGCCGAAUUUCCUUCAUCACUCUGCCUUUCAAGCAAUCCUGUUGAGAAAGGUUAAUAGGAUAUCGAAUAUGCCGGUUAGGUUUGUGGAGAAAGUAUGGCAGUACAUCGAAGAUGUCAUUGUCUCUGUUCUGAAGCGUCGGUCGGACUAUUAUCAUCAACUUAAGUCCUUAAUGAGACGAGCUAUCCAAAGCAUAAUAGCAAAGAUGAAAGAGCAGUCCAGCAGUUGGGUUAAGGAGAUGGUUCAAAUGGAGAAGCUGACGGACUAUACUUGUAAUACGGAAUACCUAAAGGAGUGGAACAUACUUAUGGCCCAGCAACAGAAAUUCAUGAAUGAAAUGCAGAUAUAUGGAUCCUGCAAGAUAAACAUUCCUGAUCAUGGUGAGGUUACAGUUGGAGAUCUUCGAAAGCACCAGCAAAUUCUCAGUCAAGCUUUUGAUUUGAGAAUGAGAAUGGUUGCUUACUGGAAGAUUGUUUUGUGGAGGUUGGUUGAUGGAAUGGCCUUGCAUUUGAAACAUAGUGUUCAAAACCUUGUGAACACGGAAAUGGAGAAGGAAAUUGUUAAUGAAGUGAUGGGUGCUGAAGCUGGUGCAAUUGAAAGAUUGCUAGAGGAAUCACCUUCUGUUGCAGGAAAGCGAGAGAAGCUGAAAGCGAGCAUCAAGGUGCUGAAGGAGUCCAAGGAGGUUCUGUCCGAAAUCAUGGACAAGAUAACUUUCUAUUAUGAUUAGCGGGUGGGUCUUACUAUGGAGAUGCUGCUGCUGCCUUUUGCCUUUUAUUAUUAUUUUGUUUGAGACCUUCUGUUUGUGGUUUCUGAUGAUGUUUUAAUCUGCUUUUAACUUGCCUUUUGUUCAUCUCCUUAAUUGGAGUUGGUAUUAGCUGAACUACUAAAUCCUUUUGCUUGAAAUGCAUUCCUCAUACUAUCAUUA